AUGACAGCUCUAUGGGCUGUUUUCCGCAUGCCUAAGCUACCUGCUAGUGCCAGAUUGUUUGACUUCCUUUCGUGUUUAAAAGCAUACAUUUCGGCAGCACCGUGUUCGAGCACAAACAUUUUAGGUGUAACGCGGAGCAUUUUCCGAGAAACGAUUUCAGUAAUCACAAAUGAUGGCCGGAAUAUAGUGGGAGUCUUAAAAGGCUUCAACCAGGCCACAAAUAUUAUCCUUGAUGAAUCUCAUGAGCGCGUUUACUCCACCAAGGAAGGUGUUCAACAACUAGUGCUGGGCUUAUACAGAAUAAGGGGUGACAACAUAAGCAUUGUUGGGGAACUUGAUGAAGAGAUGGACGCACAUCUUGACUUGUCAGGUCUGAGAGCUCAUCCACUCAAGCCCGUCAUCCAUUGAUCUGAUAGGAGGGAAGGAAACGGCAUCUUCAUAGAACACAUGAAGGGUUAAGUACUUGCGAAAGAAAAUGUGUAUGAAGACUGGUGUGCUUAAUGACGACUAAUUUAUUG